GAUAACAUUGAAAAGAACACUCGAUUGUUCCAAUCGAUGGUUAGAAAUUUAAAGGGACGCUCUUUAGCUACAAGAGUAUACGUAUGUACUUCAAGUUGGGCUUCCACACCUUUUGCAAGACGUGAUUUAAACCUGAUAGCAUAGUAAUGAAAAGCAUGGAAAAUGUUAAUGGGAGCACACAAGACAUCUGGGAGUAUAUAAAUCCCUGUGCUCACGAUAUUUGUUUAAUUGCAAUAGGCUUUGCUGGAUUGACGACAAGAAGCAUUGAUUUAGUGACUUUAAUUGAAUGAUUUUCAUAAUCGCGCAAAAAUUUUGUGGAGUAUUUAUAGUUUUUCGGUUCGCCCUCAUUCCCAAUACAUCAGUCCUCACUUGCAUAAACCCAGUUUUUGUAGUAUGCUUACGUGUGGUUUUUGGAACGACCUCCACUCAAUAUGAUACAUUUAGCCCAGAAAUGGAAUGUAAGCUAUCCAUCUCUUUUGUGCGCAAACCCAUAAUGUAUUAUUCUCUUGUUACUUUAAUUUUUGUUAUAGAACACAGUUUACUUGCGCGUUAGUGUUGCUAAAUUUGACAUAGUUCAGGAACAUAAAUCUGAUUGGCUCAUAUCGCCAAAAUUUUGCGAAAAGAGCAACGCUGGGAUUGGCAACACCAGCAACAC